CACCAUCGGUUCAGUCACAUAAAUCUUGUCAAAAAAGUUUGCUUUUUGAUUUUCAAGGAAAAAGUAUAAUAUUUACAUGAUAGUUUUAUAUUGUUGCUUUUGAAACUUUUUAGCAUUUACGAUGACGACCUGAAUUGAUUUGAAUCACAAUGAAAGUUAUUAGUUGGGAGUAAGCGAAGUGUAAAAAAGAAAAUAAAACAUUUUAAAGUGAAUAUCCAGAAACGGAGUCGAAAUGGCGGAAAAUGGGCCAUUUGUCGCAAAACCGGCUAGGGGGUGGCUUCACCCAGACUCUGUUUUGGCAAGCGAUGGAAUCACUUACGCAGUGCGGUACAUAGGAUGUAUGGAAGUUAUGACUUCAAUGAAGAAAUUGGAUUUCGAAACAAGAUCACAAGUAGCCAAAGAAUGUAUUGCCCGAGUAUGUGCAGCAGCAGGACUGAGAACUGCAGACAAAAAGCGUCGUAUAUGUCAAGCGGCGGCGUGUGCCCUCGCUCCACGGCCGAGAAUGUCGCAUUCCGGUUCUAAUGUGGCUCUCACUGUGUCUUCGAGGGCAAUUACCCUGGCCGCACUGGAAGGUGGUGAAACAAUAGCUCGUCAUGAUAUGCCACGUGUUUCGUUUGCAUCUGGUGGAGAUCAGGACUCAUUAGACUUUGUAGCCUAUGUGGCAAAAUCAGCACCACCUACCGAAUGGAGAGCUUGCUAUGUACUUGAAUGUGGUGGGAGACUAGCACAAGAUGUUAUCGCUACAAUUGGACAGGCGUUUGAGCUGCGAUUUAAGGAAUUCCUCACCAAACCAAAUUCGAUAAACAUAAACGGAUCUCGCGCGCUGAGUACAGCGGCGAGUGACGCCACAUCACUGGAGGAUAGAGAAUACUACAAUGACAUGCCGGACAAAAUACCGCCGGAGCCCGUGCCACCGAUAUCUCAGCAUAGACACCCGCCGCCUCCGCCAUUGGCCUCUCUAGCACCUAUAUCGUCUUGCGAAGAAAGUGUCCGACACUACGUAAACCAGACUCCGCCUCCAAGAACUCCGCCUACCGCACUACUACCGAACCAUCACACUGAUAUUUUCGAUAUGCAACCGUUCACGGCGGCGCCGAUGACGUCAUCGUCCCCCUCCCCCGCGACGUCGCCCGGCGCGCCGGAGGCCGAGCCGCUGGGGCCGGGCGCGCAGGCGGCGCUGCUGGCCCGCGAGCCCUGGUUCCAUGGCGCCAUCUCCAGGAGCGCGGCGGAACGGCUGGUGGUGGAGGACGGACAGUUCCUGGUGCGCGAGUCGAGCGCGUGCGCGGGCCAGUUCGUGCUGACGGGCGCGCGGCGCGGCGCGCACAAGCACCUGCUGCUCGUCGACCCCAACGGCGUGGUUCGAACCAAAGACCGCGUGUUCGAAAGCGUACCGCAUCUAAUCAAAUACCACUGCACCAACGAGCUGCCCAUCGUGUCCGCUGACUCGGCACUUCUGUUGCGCAAGCCCGUUCUGCGAUCCACUUAAAUGUCAUUAAUAUACGAGGUAUAAUCGUUACUAUACCACGGUCGCGAAUUAUGAAGAAUUUUGUACACUAACCUGGUAUCACCCGUCUCAGUCACUCCUGUGUAAAAACAAAAGUGUUUUUUUUAUGUCAUAGCGGGCAACUGAGCUGGUGGUUCGCCUUAUGGUAAGCGAUCACCACCGCCCAUAACGUUCGCAAAGGUAGGGCCUCUGCGAAUACGCUGCCCGCUUUUUUAGGGUAAGGGAAAAGGAAUGGAUUAACGAUUGGAAAGAGGGAAUGGACUGGGUCAGGUGAGGAAAAGGAAACCAGCCUCCGGCUCCCCCACUCACCGUACGAAACACAGUGGCAUGCCACUAUUUCACGCUGGUUUUCUGUCCCGUUCGCACGUGAGCAACGAGUGAAUGGAACGCAUUAUUUUAACGUAGGAGCGAGAGAGAUAGGUAACAUCAGGUGAAUGUACGAAAUUCUUCGUAGUUUGUGAUCAUACCUUAUAAUACUGGACGGAGAAGACAAUAUGUCGUGAAAAUUAUAUAUUAUCCAUGAAUGUUAAUUGAUCAUCGUUAAACCAAAGAAUGUAUUAAAAAUCUACUGUUUGAUUACAAUCAUUUGAAAGGCUGUAAAACCGAAUUUUAAUUUAUGUGUAUGAUCAUAAAGUUUAAAUUGUAGUGGCAGAAUGUUUCAAGUUAUGCAGCUGAGACUCAAUGCAUGCAAUUUUCGUCCUUAAGUGUUACCAUAUUGCGCACUUAAUCUUUAAAAUAAAUUUUAUCUUUGUCAUAUUGUCUUCUUCGCCUUGUACACAAAAAUAAUUCACAUGGUACUAGAAGCGUUGUCUAUACAAGUUAUUCUUAAUUAUAAAAGACAUAAGAGUCAAUAUAAAGUACUGUUAUGCAUUUAAUAUUAUUCACGGAAUAUUAAACAGGUAUUUUGUUAUCGUAGUGUUAUUCUAAUUGUUUUCUUCGAUAACCGAUGGCGCAAUGUCACAUUUAAAAUAUAUGUAAUUUCUCAUAUUACAUUUAUACCGAUAUCUAAUAAGAUGUCACUAUUUAUACAAAUGUACACUUUAUGCUGUUAGAAAUAAUUAUCAAAAUAGUAUAAAACUUAAAAAAUGGGGAGAAUUAUUUUAUAUACUUUGGGUUAUAUUCCGUGAUGAAGCUUAGAUAGUAGAACGUGUAGAUAGAUAAAGUAUAUUGUAUUUUUUUUUUUUUUCAAUACCAACGUAUCCUUCUUCAAAUUACUUAUUUUACAAGAAAAUCACGAUUUCGGCCAUUGAUUUAGUUUCAAAAUAGAUAGAAAAUGGCACAGUUGUUUAGUAUUAAAAUGUUACUGUAGUUUAGAUGCUCAAAAUCAUAUUUAAGCGAAUACUAUUCACGUUAAAUCGAAUAACUAUUUUAAAUGUUAGUUGUUAUACAAAUUAUUGCACAAUUUAGCGUAAUAGAACAGCAGACCAACCGAUAGAAGUGCUUAUAGUAUCGUCAUUCCGCACAUAAAAAAAUUAAUGUAUUUGUACUGUGAAUAUUUCUGACUAUAUAUUCAUAGUUAUUUCUGGCUGUAGUUAUUAUUAUUUUUUUAGAUUCUGAAUUAUAUUGCUAUUUUUAUACUUUUUUUUCUAAAUAUCAGGCAUAAAUUUAAAGCCAACCUGUUGUUUCCCUUUUAAAACUGACCACUCGCUUCAAGGGUGAGGUAUGAAAAUUUUAAAACUUCUGGUAGACAAAGUGACAAAAAAUGAGUUUUUUUUAAACACAGGCCCGAUGUUAUUCGAAUUGUUAAUUAAAAUUUUUGUAUCCAAGGUUAAUAUAAAAUUCGAUGUUGACUUCUAUGUGCAUUUGAUUAUAGUUAUUUUUUUUUUUAAUGAAAAAAAAUCCUUAUUAUUUGCAAAAUUUACGUGGUUUCGCCCAUAGUUGCAUAUGUGUACAAUAAAUUGUUAUAAGGCCUCUUAAUAUGGUUAAGUGAUUUAUUUACAAAUAUUUGCAAUAUCAUUAUCACACUAAUAUAUCGUUAAUGUUAAUCAAUGCGUAUCAUGUUAUGGGGAUUAGAGGAGUUAAAUGCGUAUUUAAUAAUGACUUAAAGUAUAUGAUCCACAGCUUUAAAAUACAGAUACAUGUAUGAUAUUCUUCGGAAUAUCAAAUGGUUAUUUGAUACGAUAGAAAAAAUGGCAAAUAUGCCUCUUAAACAUUUCAUUAAAUGUUAAAUACCAUUCAUUUAACGGGCAAUGAUAGUGCAUUAUUGUCAAAUUAUUAUGCUAGCAACAUAAUUAAAUUAACAUAAUUUAAUUUAAUUGUGAUGUAUAUUUUUGCAUUACAUUUUCAAUAAAUUGCGUAUUCUUUUGAGACCAUGAGCUUUCUGGGCAUAGAUAUGUACGCAUGUGUGCGUGAUAUCCUGUGUACCGAUAGAGUCGACCGAGAGCGUCGAUUCGUUGAUUGUAUAAAUGUGUGCGUGCGCCAUUCUAUCUUUUGUAGUCCCCUUAAAAUGAUCACUUGUAUAUAUAAUAUAUAGCUUCAUCGAAUUUUGUCUUCCAAAUGAUAAAUGAGUGACAUGUUUAUAUUUUAUUCUCAUAUAUGUAUUUUCUUAUUUCGUCUAUGUUAUUUAGCCAGUUAUGCUUAGUUUCGAAUACCAAUUUAUACGUAAUUUUAUGUUCAAUUUAGAUAGAUAAAAAAAUUAAACACAUAUGAUGCGAUUUUAAUACAAACGGAAGUAACGUGUAUGUAGGUAGAAUAUAAAAAAACUGAAUUUUGUUUGUCUGGGUAAUAGUUAUAUAAUGUGACGAUAAGGUUUGCAUGUAAAAGUUUGACUGUAAGAUGACGGUAAGAAGUGAGGAAUGGAAGUUAAUAAACCCUGGUAUAAAGAUAAUGACGAUCAUUACUAUUAGAUAUCCAAUAUGUUAUUGCUAUUUUAUUAUAAUCAUAGUUAACGUAUUUUCGUUAGGUGUUCGUAAGAUCAGUUGAACUCGUUUAUUUAGAAUGUAUAAAUGAUUAUGUGCAAUCACAAUGCCAAACACAAGAAUUUCGAAGAAAAACUUAGUUUUCUAAUCAUAUACUACAUAUUUUUAUAUGAUCUGCAUUUUUAAUUUAUAUUCAUUCCGUGCUCUCUUAAUUAAUUUUAAAUUAUACGAUGUAAUCGCACGAAUUUUUACAGUUUGUAUCGUGUAUUUUAAGAUAGUUCACAGUAUAAAUGUGAAAUAACUAUAGGUGCUAUGAAAGCUUACUUAAAUAUACCAUUAUAUUUAGCUGUAUACAAUUAUGUCCACGUCAGCUAGGGAUGCUGCCAUUGGGAAUAUCACUGGGUUGAGUAAAAAUUUACUGGAUAUUUGCAAAUAUUGCAAUUAAUAGCCCCGUUUAUAUAAGGACGUCUAAAUUUGAAUAAAAUAGCGUGGCUUUAAUCCAACGAAUUGUAUAAACAAAGUUUCUGAACAUAUCCAUAUUAAAAGUUACUAUUUUAAAUUCGCUCUACACGUAUUUAGCCAAUUUUGUUUAAAUUAAUGUACAUGAUUUUUUCAUUAUAUUUACUUGUAUCUUUCUUCCGUCUAUCAAAAAUGCCUUGUGAUUUAUAACAUUGUGUCAUUCUUUAUGCUUUAAGAUUUCUGUGACUGCAGAAUUCCUGUCUUAUCAUAAGUAUAGUAUUUUUUGCAUUAUUCAUUGCACUUGAUGUUGAAUCUUAGUAAAGCUAAGAUAUAUUUAGACGUUUGUAUUUAACGUAUGUGAUGUAGAAAUAAAGAAUAUCAAUAUAAA